AUGGCAACUUUGUACACUCGACUUCGUAAUUUAACGGGACAAGUCAAAAAUUAUUACGCGUUCUAUAUCGUAUUAAUUAUUACAGAUUCGAUUUUGAUUUGUAUUACGUGUGUAACAACGUUGACGUUGAAUUAUACCAAUAGAAUAACUUUGUCAUUAUUGCACAACCAGUUGCUUUUUAUAUAUUGUUUGAGUAAACUUUUGUUUUUAUUUUUCAUCGUUCGAGAAACCCAUAAUACCAUAAAAGAAGUAAGUGUUUUAGAUGAACGUAAUACUACAAAGUUGUGUCCAUCGUAUUGAUAUGAUUAUGUAAUUUUUAUUAAAACCCAACCAAAUUAUGUGCGAUUUCAUGUAGACAAAUAAAACUGUCUCGAUUGCCCACGAAGCUCUCAGUCUCACAACGAACAAUUUGGUUAUUAAAGAGGUAAAUCCACUGAAACGCCUACGGUAUAAAUAUUUUGUUGUAAAAAAUUCACAUGUAUAAUAUUUUGUUUAGUUGGAAAUAUUGAUCAUGACCUGUUGGAAUCAUCCGAUUGUAUUUGACGUAUACGAUUUCUUUGAUUUGGACUACAGUCUUCUUCAAUCAGUAUGCGUUUAAAUAUAAUUUUAGUUUUAAGUUAGGUUAAGAAUGUAAACAAUUUAAACAAAAUCCAUGUAAAAUCCUUAAAAAAGUUAAUAAAAAUUUAAAGUUGCAAAAAAAGAUAGCUGAUAAAACCUUUGAAAUUUAUAAAAAAACAUUUUUUUAUGGGUGUUCCCAAAAAAAAAAAAAAAAAAUACUAAUAAUUGGUUGUUAAAGGGUUAGUUGGUUGUGAAAUUCCACGUAUUAUGACGUACUUUUACUGGUCUGAAACAUUUGGUUUUUUUUUCUUUGAGCGUUAAAAAAAAAACUGAAAAUAAUCAAUAUUCAAACAAGAUGUUUUUAUAAAAAGUGCAUUCAUGUAUUAUUCACCCCAUGGUUCUUGUGUAGAUAAUGUAUAAAUAAAAAAUAUAAAUUGUUAAAAACAGUAAAUACCAUAAAUACAUUUAAAAAGCAAAACAUACGUUUCAAUACGGGGUUUGAUAAUUGUUAAACAAAGGCAUUUGCAACGAAUUCAUAGUUAGGUACCUAACAAUAAGCGAAUAAUAUGUGUUUAAAGUUACCGUUAAAAUAUUAUUAAAAAUAUAUUCCGCGAAACAUAAUAUACAACAGCAUUUAUUUAUAACUAUGUAUUAGAUGUACCAAAACAAAUAGCAACAAUUUAUUAUUUGUAACAUUCAUGUUUUUUUUAGGUAGUUGCAGCAGUCGUCACGUAUGUAGUGGUUUUGGUUCAGUUGCAGCUGGCGAUUAUGAACAAUAUUUAA